CGUCAUUUUUAACGGCUCGUGUUGUAUUCUAGUGAGAUUGUGGAUUUUUGUUGUCUCUUUCCUUACAAUGCUGCAUUUUCAAUAGGCCAGUUGUGGAAGUGAAUGGAGUACAGUUUAAGGUAUAUAAUCCACUUGCAACUGAGAAACCACUUAUCUAACUACCGUUAAUACUGUGUGCUUUGGCUGUGUAUUCAUGUGUGUGCGUGUAAAAUUGCAAUGCAUAUCGAAUUUUCUUGAUUUCCCAACCAAUAACUGCAAAUAGCAGAAGACAACUGCUGAUGAUUGCAUGGAUAUACGGAUAUUUUCUAUUUAUAUAAGAGACAAAGUGAUCCGAAGAUGACGCAGAGCGGGAGCACAGAAUUUGCCAAGACGACAACAUCUGGCGGAGCUGGAGAUGUGUAUGCUGCUACAGCUGCUGCUGCCGCUGCCGCUUCCGUGGCUGCCACUGCGUGCUCGUCGGAUGUGCUGCUAAAUAACUUCCAAUUGAAGAAAAAGAGCUAUCGUGUGCUGCUCCAUGGCCACCACUUGGUAUGGGAGCGCAUGCAGCGCCCGGUAGCCAAGCCAACAAAUGAAACGCAAAAGAUACCGCUGCCCGAGCAGCAGUUGACAGGCGUUGAGACCAGAUGCAGUAGCUAUGGCGCGCAUAGCCAUGUUCUGCACAUGGACGAUAUCAUCAGCGUCUGUUCUGGCAAUACCAAACACGACAGCAUGCAGCCUCCGCCUACGAAUCAUCGUGACCAUCAGCAGGCGGAUGGCGAUACAAAGCCGACGGCACAGUUCCUGACCAUCAACUAUGCGGCACGCUUGAGCAAAUCCAAGACGGAUUGCAAUCGCUGGCAGUUGCGACGGCUCACCUUCUACAAUGCGGAUGCGUACAUUGUGUAUCAGUGGCAGCUCCAGUUGCAGGCACGCAUCGCAUCCUCGCCAGUUGGUGGUCAGCGUGUGCAACGCCUGUUAGUAUUCAUUAAUCCAUUCGGCGGCCGCAAGGCUGGCGCCCAGACCUAUGAACGUUUGGUGCGUCCACUGUUCCAGCUGGCGGGCAUCGAUGCCACCUGCAUAACUACGCAACGUGCCAAUCAAAUCCGGGACAUUCUGCUCACCCACGAUCUGAGCUGUUAUGAUGCUGUCUGCUGUGUGGGAGGCGAUGGCACCGUUGCAGAGGUCAUCAACGGUUUGGUCUUUCGCCGCAUGCGUGAGCUGGGCUUGGAUGAACAGCGUCCGGCCUUUAUACCACGGCCUAGCUUGCCAGUGGCUGUCAUACCAGCUGGCAGCACGGACACCAUAGUCUAUAGCAUGCACGGCACUGCGGAUGUGCGCACUGCGGCCAUUCAUGUGCUGCUCGGCCAGAGGCGUGGCCUCGACGUCUGCAGCGUGAGCAACAAUCGCACACUGUUGCGUUUCUGUGCCAGUGUCCUGAGUUAUGGAUAUCUGGGCGAUGUGGCAGCCGAGAGUGAGCAGUAUCGUUGGAUGGGCACACGACGGUAUGAGUACAGUGGUAUCAAGGCCUUCUUCAACAAUCGCGGCUACGAUGCGGAGCUGCAGCUGCUCGAGGAGCCCACAGAGCCGGAAACGCCGCAAAGUCCGGUCAGUCUCUGUGACGAACCGCCGUCUGUGUGCUAUGCCAAUUGCCAGCGAUGCAGCAUUGCCAGCUCAUUGCAGGAGCAGCGUUCAACCUUGUUUACCGCUGAUGCGAAUAGUCAAGAGAACUUGCAAUCACAACAUGCAGAACAGCAGAAUAAGUUGGUGGAGCAACAGCAGUCGCAGCCGCAAUCGCAACCAAAUGCAGAUGUGAUCGUUGCCACCAAUUGUGAACAGCAGCUGAAUGAAAUCGAAACAGCUUUGUGUCGCUCCCGGUUGAUGCGUCCGGCUAGCCUGCCCUUGCAGCCUGGUAGUUCAUAUGGUUCCAAUAUGAGCCUGCCCGGCGGCUUGCAGUGGAAGACAAUACGGGGCAAUUUCUUUCUGAUAUGCGGCGCAAACAUCACGUGUGCCUGUGCACGCAGUCCCAAUGGCAUCUCGCGCUACAGUCACUUGGGCGAUGGCUGCUUGGAUCUGAUUCUGGUACGCAAAACAUCGUUUAUCAACAACGUGCGGUUCCUGUUAAAUACGGCUGGCCGAGCCGGCGAUAUUCGUAAUUUACCUUUUGUCGAGGUCUACCGGACACGUAAGUUCAUUUUUCGAACGUUCACAGCGCCCGCAACAGAGGAGAACUUAAGCUUAGCCGGCUCUCGUCAACCAAUUGCUCAAAACGGCAACGAUGCGGCCAGUUCGGAGUAUUCCAGCUGGAAUUGUGAUGGAGAGGUUGUCACCGAUCUAGAUAUAACAAUGAGUUCCCAUUGUCAACUCAUAGAUGUUUUCAUGCGUGGUCCACAUUCCUAUAGUAAACCACAAAAGCCGGGUGCAAGUGCGCCUACGACGCCAGCUAGCUCAAGCGACAAUAUUUAUUGUUGCUGCAAGGAUUAGCACUUAAUUGGGAAAGCUUUAUUUUAGUAAGAUAUUGAACAUUGGCCGUGACAGUAGAUUGUAAUGAAGUAGACU